AUGGACCAACUAAACAAUAUAACCCUUUGGGACGUUAAAGAUGUGUUUAAUAAAGUUAAGAAUGUUGUGAUGAACUAUACUGAAAUGGAGGCAAAGGUUCGUGAGGCUACUAAUAACGAACCUUGGGGUGCUAGCAGUACUUUGAUGCAAGAAAUUGCUCAAGGUACCUAUAACUAUACAUAUUUUAAUGAGAUCAUGCCAACAAUUUAUAAGCGGUUUACGGAAAAGGAAGCGAGACAAUGGAGACAAAUUUAUAAGGCUCUUCAAUUGCUUGAAUAUCUUGUGAAACAUGGAUCUGAAAGGGUCGUUGAUGAUGCUCGAGCACAUAUGGCAACUGUUAAAAUGAUGAGAAAUUUUUGUUUUGUCGACGAAAAGGGAAAAGAUCAUGGAGUAAACGUUCGUAAUCGGGCAAGAGAACUUGCUGAACUCUUAGGUGAUAUUGAAAAAAUUAGGCAAGAACGAAAGAAAGCAAAAGCUAAUAGGACUAAAUUUACUGGUGUUAGUUCGGAUACAAUUGGUUAUGGAGGUUUCAGUGGAUCAUCUGGAUCAUCUCAAUAUGGUGGAUUUGGAAAUGAUUCAUACGGUUAUUCCGAGUCCCGUUCCAGAUAUGACGAUAUAGAUACACAAUGGCAAAGUGAUUAUCGGACUGGAAGGACUUCAUCAGACGAUAGAAGAUCAAGUCUAACUAAUAAUCGAUCAAGCAUAUCUUCAAUUAAAAAGACUUCUGAAUCAUCCACCUCACAUUCUAAUGGCACAACUGCAACAACACAGAAAGAAGUAAAUCUAUUUGAUUUUGAUGAUCCUCCCGUUACUUCAACCACCUCCAAUCAAGCCGCUUCUAAUGAUUUUGAUGAUGAUUUCCAAGACUUUCAAAGUGCACCACCGCUUAUGCCAUCCUCUCAAAGAUCGUCGAUUUCUUUACAAUCCGGAAUAAACAAUAAUUUGCUUGAUGAUUUACUUGGUCCCGUAUCUACAACGCAAUCUACAAAUUUAUCGAUUAACACGCCAAAACCUUCAUCUACACCUUUAAAUACUUCACAACCUAUUAGCGUUAUUAACGCGACAAAACCUAUUUCACCAACCACACCAAAGCAGAAUGUCAACAACCAAAAUAUUGCCUUCUCCAAGUUAAAAUCUAAUGAUAUUUGGGCCCAAGCGUCCAAUCUUGUAUCUUUGGAUUCAUUGGGGAAAGAACCUGCAUCUAGUACAAAACAAACUGUUAAACCAUCAAUGAAUUCUCUUGCACAAGCUGAUUCUACAACUUGGGUAGCUAGAGGAACUUGGGUUGCACAACCAGCACAACAAUCUGUUCAACAAAACAAUCAACUUAAUUCUCAACAAAAACAAGAUCCUUUUGAUAUGUUAUUGUGA